GGCUCGAUCGCGCUCCUCGGAGCCACCGCGGUGUCGCUGGCGCUGGCGAACAGCGCGAUGUCUGGGGCGUAUCUGUCGUUCUGGCACGCAAAAGUCGGGCCGGCGGCGCUGGCGCUGCACAUGAGCCUGCAUCACUGGGUCAACGAGGGGUUGAUGGCGAUUUUCUUCUUCGCCGUCGGGCUGGAGAUCAAGCGCGAGUUCGUGCACGGCUCGCUGCGAAGCCUGCAACAGGCGGCGUUGCCGUGCAUCGGCGCGCUGGGCGGGAUGCUGGUGCCCAUGGGGGUGUAUUUGGCGUGUAAUAAUCCGGGCGCGACGGCGGCGGCGGUGACGGCGGGUUGGGCGAUUCCGAUGGCGACGGACAUCGCGUUCGCCAUGGGAGUGUACAACUUUUUUAAAAAUAAAAUGCCGGGCGGCGUGGCGGCGUUUUUGCUCACCCUCGCCACCGUGGACGACCUGGGCGCGAUCGCCGUGAUCGCCGUGUGCUUCGCGAAAUCGUUGACGAUGUCGUACAUAGCGGGCGCGGCGGCGGCCACGGCGGCGCUCUUCGUCGCGUGCAAAAAGGAAGUCACCAACAUGGCUGUUUACGCCGCCCUCGGCGUGGCCCUGUGGUACUGUCUGUUGCAAGGCGGCAUCAACGCCGAUGUCGCGGGCGUCAUCGCCGCGUUCGCGGUGCCCGCGCACGCGAUGGCGCCCGCCGGGAGCGACGCGACGCCCGAACACGAAGGCGGCGAACCGACGCUCUUGGAUCACUUGGUGCACAAGUUCGCCCCGCUCUCCGCGCUCGUCAUCAUGCCUCUCUUCGCGUUGGCGAACACGGGCGUGCCUUUAGACGCAAGCAUGGUGAGCAAGGUGUUCACCGAACCCGUCGGUCAAGGCAUCAUGCUCGGCUUGCUCUUGGGUAAGCCCGUCGGCAUCGCCGGUUUGUCCUGGCUCGCCGUCAAGUCCAAAAUCGGCAAGCUUCCGAGCGGAAUGAACAACUCCCACCUCAUCAUCGUCGGUUUGCUCGGCGGUAUCGGUUUCACGAUGUGCUUGUUCCUCGUUGAGAUGGCGCUCGCGGGUCAGCCCUCGGCGGCCAACGUCGCGAAACUCGCCGUGUUGGCGUCGUCCACGGUCGCCGCCACCGCCGGCGCGGCGUUGAUG